AGUGUGUGCGCGGCGCGGCUAGCCCUUUUCUGGUGGGUGUUCUUGCGUGGAGGAGCACCAGUCAUCGUCAUCGGGCCGAGUUUUUGCUGGCUACGGGUUCCGAAGGGCUUCGGGUGAAAAGCUUAAUUAGCGCGCGAUAGGAGCAACUGCGACGGCUGCUACGAUUGUGGCCGGAAUCGGAGCGAUUGAUGCGGCGAUUGCAUCGGUAGGCGACGCAAAAGUGUAGGCAAAGGUGUAAAUUAAUAGAAUCAAGUUGCACCAUUUCUCCCGCAACGCACGUUCCCUUCGUUUCCGUGUGUAUGUGUGUGUGCGGUUACUUCGCCUUUUACUUAGAGCGCUGUAGAGCAUAGAAAAAGAGUGAGAGCGAGUGCGCGCGUGUUGUGUUGUCCCGCUUUGGUGCACCAGAAGACCCGGAGCGCGGUUGUUCCUGCGGCGGCGGCGGCGAAACCCCGCAAAAUUCCGUGUGUGCAGUGUACAGAGUGUCACGGGUUUUUCUGCACCGAUCCGUGAUUAUCGCAGCUGCCGUGUGUGCUUUUUGCGUGAAAAGGAUCUCGGGCCGCUGUAAUUGCUUCCGGCGGAGGAGAACCCUAGGAGUACGAGACGUGUGUUCCCGGCGCAACUAUCCAUUCCCGUCCCGAUUGGUCGUGUUUUUGGUCCCGAGCUCCCACCGGAAACCCCUUACACGGGCACUCCCGUUAGGUUGCGGGGUGAAAAGCAAUUCCGUACGUGUCCGUAGUUUCGUGGAUCGGCAGUAUUUUCAAUCGGAUCGACCAUUCUGCACCCCCGGCAACGCACCGAUCACAGCAACAGUAGCAGCCCCCCUCACGAUGUCGCCACAAACCUUCCACAACAUCAAAGCAAGCGGCGGCGGCGGCGGUGGUGCCAGAAGGAAAAUAGUCACAUCGUCGCCAGCGGCGCUCCUAGCGAUCGUCGGUCUGCUGAUUGCCGUCUCGUGGACGGCCAAUGCCGCGGCGGCGACCGCUACCGAGAAUGAUCAGAAAUCCAACAACCAGAACGUAAAUCUUGACAGCAGUCCAUCGUACGGCGGCUCACCGUCGUCCAGUCAGAAUGAUAUCUACAUCGAUGAUGAUGGUCUGGAAGGAUCCGGAAGCCGCGGAGAAGUACAUGACGAUCUAGAGAAAGAAGACGACGAAGCGUCCGGAUCCGGGUUCGGGGACGACGACGAAGACUCUACUGCGCGCCGAACGUCGUCCUCGUCGUCGUCGUCGUCGUCAUCCGGCAGCAACAUCAAUCACAUACUGCGCAGCGAUAACCUGCCCGGUUCAGGUGAUCAUGAAGAUAAUGAUCUCUACACAGACACCAACCUACCCCCCGUUGAUCCAUCGACCACCGACGACGAAGAUAUGCCCAUCGGUAAGGAGAACAGCAAGUCCUCGUCGUCUGCAGCGGGUGGCGGUACGCGGUACCCGAACGCCGGUGAUACGCGCGAUCCCACCACUGAUACGGAGCUCGAUCUAGGGGGGCUGCCACGUCACCACGCCACACCAACCGAGGGCGGCAGCAGCGGCGGUAGUAGUAAUAACAACCACCACGAUAACACCCUGUACGGUCCGGGCAGUGGCGUUUUGAUAAUGAAUGCCAAGAACGAUGACCGAACGGCCAGCUUCUUUGCACAGCCGGGCAUACUAGCUGCUGUGAUUGGAGGAGCUGUCGUCGGUUUACUGUGUGCCAUCCUGGUGGUCAUGUUCAUCGUGUACCGGAUGAGAAAAAAGGACGAAGGUUCGUACGCGCUGGACGAACCGAAGCGGUCACCGACCGCCAACACCUACGCCAAGAACGCGAAUAACAGGGAGUUUUACGCCUGAGAUUACUCGAUAGACUCGAGUGACGGUGAUUUCUAAGAAAAAGCCCCUCCAGUAGACGUGUCCCUCCCUCCCCGGUGUCUGUGGAGGAGAGAAUAUGUUUUGAACAGAUAAAAGAUGGGCUCGAACGAAACGCCUGAUUGCGCGAGGCAAAACACACAACACAUAGGCAUAAAUAACAACAGCACGCGAGGGAAGACGGGAGCAGAGCGAGCCGCGCGUUAGUGGAACCACACAGCGCCGGGUGUGCAGCCACACUGAGGAGGACUGAGUCCUCCAGGGAGAGGGAACCAGGAACCACAGCUGAGCUGCUGCGCUGGUAGUAUAAUAAGUCUGGUAUAUAUAUUAGAGGCAAGUUCUCAUGGCAGCAGAUGGCGGCGAUCGGGGGCGAAUAGUGGUAGUAGGGUGGACAGGGAAGCACCGUGUUGUAUGUACGUGUGCCAGUGUACGCCACAAUCACGCCGCAACAGUCAGCACCGUUGGUGGCAGGUAACAUCCGACCGGUAGAAUAGAAAGGCACCGUCCGCCCUCGUGCCGUUGAUGGUUCAUCAACCAUCCGGGGAUCCAUCGGCCCCACCAGAGAACCUAGGAGAAGCUUGGGAUUUCAUUCUAUGCGCUGCUGGCAUAGGUUAUGUUUACAGCCGUGCAUCAUUUAACAUUGUGUCAUUUAAGAGGGGCUUUUGUUGAGUUUUAAAAUACUGUAACGACACUCCCUGGAGAGAGAGUCAGUUUUAAUCAAAAAACUACAAAAUUGUGUUGUAUUGUGGAAAAGCGUUCCGAAUAGGUUGGCGAUCGCAAGCAGCUACUUCCUUUUUUGUGUUGUUCCAAUGCAACCCACCCAUCUUAGUGUGCGGGGCGUCCAAAUUGAUAACAAUGGCAGCUUCUGGUAGGCAACUAGGCACAGGAAUGAAUGAAUCCUGUAGGUGAAUCCUCAUUUUACUUUAACACUUUAUUUGGCCUGCCAUACGUUCUGUUGGUUGUGUCGGGUAAGAAGCGGUUCUGUUUUGUGCGCGGGCAUAGAUGUUGGUUCGCCAACGGGGUUACGUCAGUCACGGUGCCCGGAACCUAUAUAAUCGAUUUAUGGUGGUAAACACCGAACGCUGGAUUCAAAUAUGUAUGGCGACCGGGACGCGCAAGCUAUGAUAGAGAGGUGAACGCGACAUAAGAAUCAACAUAUUGCAGAUUGCAAUGCAGGCUAAAACUAUAGGUUUAAGAGAAAAGAUAGAUGUUACAUAUUUAUAAUGGUAAAACAAACAAUUGCGCACCUUGUAACCGUUUUGCAGCGAUCAGAGAAGACUCACAAUCGGGCAUAACACAAUCGUGUUUGAUUUCUAUCUCAAUCCUUCUUCGUAAGGCGAACACAAGACGAAAAAGUGGGAAACAAUUGUCGACGGAAUGACAGCUGGCGUUGAAACAAAAACCAAUGUUACUAUGAUGGUUCGUUGAUUUGAUUUUUCGAUUUUUUUCUGCAAAGUUUCAAACCAACCCCCGUAGCAGGCGUUGGGCGUGUGUAAUGGGCAAUACUUUGUCGUGAAAGUGUAUGUAUGUAUGUGUGCGUGUUAGAAGAAGGCGUGAAAAUGGCGUGUAGGCAAUUACAAUAAUUUAUUCCGUUGGUUUUACACGCGUCGUGGUGGGGUAUUGUUUUGAAGAAGCAGAAAAAUUACUUUCCAAAACGCUUUGUUCAAUCGAAACACGAAAAUGGAAAUGGUAUAUUAAUCAUAUUACACGUUUAUCUUGUGUGGUUUGACAGUAAGCGAUAGAGAACAGGAACCGGACCCGGACCCAAAAGUGGGAUAGUCUGUUUAAAGGGAACCACUAGGAAUGUAACGUAACCACAAACAUUUCAUAUUAUAAUUGCCAUACAAGCAGCCAGGAACACACAUUAUUCGUAUAUACAGCUUGCAUUGGAGGGGAACGCGCGAGGGAUCAAGCACGCGGAUUGUUUCGCCGCCUGGCCGGAGUUCCUUUUUUGUUUGUUUGAUAUGCGUGCUACCUCUUGCGAAUGUAUCCGCGCGAGAGAAGUCGUUGAAUCUAUAUGCUAUCAGUUUUGUAUUUUUAUAUGCAUAUAUACAAGCUCGAGUGCAUGUUAAAAAGGAGUAUUACAGUCGCCAUUAUGAUGCACAUGCACCAUACUGCGCUCGUCUGCGGUGGUGGUGAUGCACUUUUGGAGUCUGGCAAGUAUAUAUACAGAAAGCCUUCAUCCUUUAUUGUUUCGGGCCCUCUCAAAUGCUUCGACAGUAACCUUUGCAGCGAACAUUUCCGUUAUCGGUUAUAUCUCACAUGGAGGCAGCAAAACUAAGAAUCUUAUAGUAUACCCAAUCCAACACGAGAAAGGAAUGAUGAACGACGGGUGCAUCCGAAACGAUUGGACACCGUUUCGUGGAGAAACAUAUAUCAAUUUGAGAAGAAAACGAACAAUUCACUCUCGGCAAACAAAAGCAUUACAUGCAAGUUGCUCUCAGACAAACACACAACUAAACAAGCGCCACUAAGAGAAACUAUUUAGCUUUGUGAAUCAACGUUACACGUACAAUUACAAACGGAAUCGUCGUCGUUACACGGAGAGAUCGGGUGCCUCAGAACACAGACUAUCGAAUCGCAGAGCAAAACCAUAGAGCAACAAACUGCAAACCAACACGCGAAUCUAAGUGUAACUGUCUUAUUAUAAACUUCAAAUAAUCAUACAUGCGAUAACGGUGGAACGCGGAGACGGUUACAAACGAAGCCCCCAGAACACCCCCAUUGUGUGAGCAUUGAAAUAAUAUCAAUUCAUCAAUCUACUUCUUGUAAUGGACGCGGCUCUGCUAUCGGGUUGGAUCUCGGUGUUGGAAGAUGAUCCGUUCGCGGGACUUUUUCCGUUUUCCGCAUGUGCGCCAAUAGUGCUUACGGUGGUAGCAGCUAAACUUUUCCUGGAUAAAUCUGCUUGCUCAUAAUGCAGUGUUAUACGUAAGCUGUGGUUCUUUGAAGGAAGGAAACUAUAAGCGCUAUAAGUAAAUUAGUUGUAGAUUGGCCUUGCGAAUUGAUUUUGGGGACAGAUAAUGUGACCAAUGCGCGCGGAACUUUACGCUCUCGAUUACUCGAUUCCAACCAGCUUCCCUUCGCGCGUAAAUCUGCGCGUAUGGAUGCGGAAGAGAUGCUGCUAAUAUUUUCAAAAUCCCAGCGCGCACCACCUUUUCUAAGGCCUAACAUGCGAACGUACAGAUUUUCAGCGGCACCCGACAGACCGAUGGCCUCUGCAACCGUAACUAAUUUCAACGUCUGUGUCAAGUGGGGAGAAAGUUAAACAAAAUUAUGCCACUUAUGUUGCGGGAUCGCGGACACGCAUUUUUUAAGCUUCCACUAUUUUAUAUUAUCUGUAAGGCAAACGGAACAUUAUUUAACCUUUUUUAUACGAUUGGAUUAAUUCACACUUUCUGUAUCCCGUAUUUUUGUUUUUGUUUUGUGCCAUCGAACGAGGUCCAGUGCGUCGCGUACGUUCCUCUGCUCUUCCGCUGAGUGUGUAGUGUCUUGUUUACGACGGAUUCUGUUACUUCCAUGCUUUUUCGACUGCAAUUGAAUCAACCGCAUUUACUCUCUCGCUCUCGAUGGCGUUUUAGUUGAGACGAACGGACGAACAGGACGACAUUCCGGCAAUGAUACCGAAAAUUACAAUAGUCUGUGGAAAGUCUGUGUGUUGCAUGUGUAAUAGAAGCUUGAUAAAGUUUAUGAUUCCGGAAGAGAACAACUGAUAUCAUCCUCUCCCCACACACGUAUAAAGCUGCACACACAAGCGUUAAGCACUUCAGAUUCCUAUUGUGCUGCGGGUUGUGUUUGCACCAACGGCAAUUUAAUCAUAGCCGGGCACCAUCCAACAGUCCGUUAUUUGAUAAAAUGGCAACCACACGUACUUCUGAUCAGCAACAGCAGCGGGGACAGUGGCGGCAGCGGGCUAUAAUAACAAAACAUAUACGGGAGACGCGCGCAACAUUUGGGCCACACUAAUCUUCUCUUAGCAAAACCGACACAGAUGUGUACUAAUAGGAGGAAAGUAAGAACACACAACUCUAACAUAUAAUAAACACUAUCGGAUAAAGAACGAGUGUAAUGCAAACAGAGCAGCGCACGAGAGAAGAGCGCAACUGUGAAAGGAGAACGCAUUGUAAAUAAAGAAAUCUUACAGUGUAAUAAACAAAAGUGGUUAUGCU